AUGCAGCGGGCCAGCAGGAUUGUUGCAGCGCCGUUCAAAAGUGUGCUGCGGCGCCACAAGCUUCAUCCAGAGGGCCUUCCCCUAUACAAUGAGAUGUCUAAGCAAUGGCUGUGUCGGGAGGGGGAGCGUUGGUGGAUUCUCGACGCCAAGGGUGAGCAGCUCCCACGUGUGGCGGCCGUUGCGGCGCAGUACAUCACUGGCCAACAUCGACCAGACUUUACUCCUGGAAUGAUAUCUGGAGAUCACGUCAUAAUUGUCAACAUAAAAGACGUGGUCAUGGUAGGAGACCAGUGGAUACGUGUGCCAAUCACCUGGCAGACGGCCUACCCAGGCGGAAAGUAUCGUAUUCGUUUGACUGACAUGUAUGAGCGAGAUCCGUGCAUGCUGAUGUGGUGGUUCUUGAAAGACGAGGUGAACCGUCACUUUGUCCGGAAGUUGAAGACACGUGUCGCCCCGCUGGAAAAGGCCUGGUUGUACGAAGAUAGCGUGCACCCGCACGGGGACAAGAACCCACGACCGCUUUGCUGGUCCGAUCCAGUAGUGAAAGGCUGGAAAUACGUGGAUCCUCAGUUUAUCAGGCGCUGGAAGCCUAACGAAUUUCUCACGUAA